AUGGCGACUGUGACUUGUGCGCCCAAGACACUGUUGAAUUCGAACGCCAAACCCCGCCGCCGCCAGAAUCAUUGUUGCGACCAGUGCCGCCGUGGCAAGAGAGCGUGCGACGCCACCGGCCGUGACAGCAAUGAAGUUUGCUCGAAUUGCAUCAGGACGGGCAAAGUCUGUACGUUUGAAAAGGUCCUUCGAACCGUCAAGGAAAAAUCGCACCGGACAGGCGAAAAGACUGUGUCCGUCCCCUCCGCCGCCGAAGCGCGCAGCGGAAAAAGUCUUUCAGAAGGCCCCGAUGCUUCUCUAAGUGAUACUUUCCAAAAUUCUGUCUAUUCCCUCAGCUAUCGAUCAAUUUCGCCUACUAGUAUCGAUGCUGUUGAUUUUUCAGGUUUCGACGCGCCACAGGAGCGCGCGAACUCCCAGGACACGCUUGCCAUUCCGGACCUCAAUGAAUUAUGCCCCUCAUUGACCUCCGAGGAUUAUGACCUUAUUACUCGGGAUGACAUGAAUGGAUCAAGCGCCAUUUGGGGAUGGGACUCGUCUCAUGCUUACCACCAGCGAGAUUCCGGGUCCGAUAUUCAAACCACGCCGGGCAGUAUCUUUUCAUUUGGCGACGACCUGUACAGCAACAGCUCCGGCACCCGUUCACGCAAGCGGAAAACUCCUCCUGGCGGCCAACGUUCUCCGAGAGUUAAGAGUCGCACCGACACAAACCCUUUCUCUGAUGUCACGAUUGCUUCUCUUGUUGAGCGAACAAACAAGGCCAUAAUCUCAGAAAGCCUGACACGUAUCUACCAGGAUACAAUGGAGAAUGCCUUGUCUUGUUGGCUCACGGAGAGAACCUGCCCCUACAUCCAUGAAGGCCUUGAACUUACGAAAUCUCGGACCACCGAGUAUCUGACUGGAGGGAGCUUUCUACAAUCUGGUAACCGAAUGAUUGCACGAAUAUGUCAGCUGGACCGCCCGACAUCCACUGUAAGAGAUCGUCCUCUGACACCGCAUGAGAACAAUGUGGCGUCGCGUGCCUUGAAGGCCACUAUCAUGGCCUUCGCCAGCCAAUGGGCACAAUCAGCAAAUGCUGUGAAAGAGAGCACCGGACACUCACCUCGUUUUGAGGCAUUGCACGAUAUAAUCGACGGUCGCGCAAGCAAUUCCCCAGAUGGCAGAGAGCCAUCCAAUUUCGAUCGCUCGUUGCAGGAAUCCUUAUGGUACGAUGCCCAAAGAGCACUACACGAAGCUGCCGAGAUCGACUCAUUUCGGGUGAUUUUCGCUCAGCUGUUGUUUUCCUUCAUCCAAAAACCCCUACCUCGACAUCAAUACGCCAAAAUUAUGAAGCACAAAGCAAAGAGAGGUCUCAAACGCGAGGUCUCUUUGCAGUCCAACGCAGAUACCAUGUCAACCAAGUCCCAAGACAGCGGUAUUAAGCCUUCGAAAAUCCAACUAGAUCAUGCGGUCUCUGAUUUAUCUAGCGAAUCUCAGGAGCUUCAAGACCUGCUCAAUUUGCAGGGACGUCCGGUACACAUUGAGGCUGCUCUGUUACGACUAUCAACAAAACGUGUUCAGCUCGAAGAGUCGAGCAGGAAUCUCCGACAAGACUUCACAGACUCGAUGGCCGUAACGGACCGGAAGUCUUUCAAUAUGCUUUUCUGGGUGACGAUGAUGUGCGACACUUUACUUGCCGUGUUUUACAAUCGGCCACCUGUCGUGUCUGACGAAGAUUCUCUCAUCCUUCAAGUUGAUACUUCAACAGACCAACAACCGUCGAUCAGUUUCAGCGAUCCUUCCACUGACAACGAUAUUGAGUCUUCGCCUUGGGGCAGCUUACUGAUGAAGAAGGCUGAUUUCACGGUGCAUGCCACAAGCACAGCUUGGCCCUUUUCCGAAGAGCAUGCACUAGCACUCCUGGCAGACGCUGCACAAGUCAAAGUCCUGUUGUACCGCAAGAUCAAGAGACUCAGCAACUGUAUAUUCAGGCGCAAUUCCACAAAGAGCAUUGAAGCGGCCAUUGUUGAUGCUCUAAACGUAUAUGAAUACUGGAACAAAGCUUAUGGCAAUUUCAUACUCAAUUGCUUGAAGCAUCAUGAUGAACUACACCCUCGCGUCCAAUCGUGGUAUUCAGUUCUGAUCGGCCACUGGCAUCUCGGCGUUCUGUGGCUCGCAGACUGUCUUGACGAUGUUGAUCAGCAUGAGCGAGGUGACCACCUUUACGGAGCCCUCCGAAAAUCUUGUCGCCUCACCUUCGAGAUGCGGAGAACCAGCGCAUUCCAAAUUGCGGAUGUUUGCAGAGUUGCAAGACCUCGAAAUGGCUCGUCGUUCCACCAAAUCAGUGAUUUCCACACAACCGUCAGCCAGGGUGCGCUCCUCACCGAGCCUUGGACGGAAAUCCUGAUUCGAUGUUUUGCAAGGUCUGCGGACUUGUUCAUGGUCUGGCUUGCCGAGUUGCAAUCAGAUACCUUUCCUUCACCUUCUUUUGAUUUUGAUACUUUAUACGAGAAUUGCGCGCAGUGUAUUGGAGGUCUUUUUGACAUAGGUCGCAAGUCGGAUAUGUCGUACUUGGCGGCUUUGUCACUUUCUCAUCGCCUUCAGAAUGCUUUUCCUAAUGCUAGCAAGGUUGAUGAUCUACUUUCCAUUUGAGAGAUGAUUUACGAACUAUGGGGGUUGGCAAAAGUGCUCAGAUCUCGAAACUUUCUUUGAUAGGAAUCCACAGAAAUCUCA